AUGGCUGAAGAGCUGAGGAAGGAGCAGGACACCAGCGCGCACCUGGAGAGGAUGAAGAAGAACCUGGAAGUGACGGUGAAAGACCUGCAGCACCGAUUAGACGAGGCAGAAAACUUGGCUAUGAAGGGCGGAAAGAAACAACUUCAGAAACUGGAGGCAAGAGUCCGUGAGCUGGAAAAUGAGCUGGAAGCAGAGCAGAAACGCUCUUCAGAGGCUGUCAAAGGAAUCCGUAAAUAUGAGAGGAGAGUCAAGGAGCUAAGCUAUCAGUCUGAGGAAGACAAGAAAAACAACAUCCGCCUGCAGGAUUUGGUCGACAAGCUCCAGAUGAAAAUGAAGGCCUACAAACGCCACGCUGAGGAAGCUGAGGAGCAGUCUAACAUGCAAAUGGCAAGAUUCAGGAAGGCUCAGCAUGAUCUGGAGGAGGCUGAAGAAAGAGCUGAUGUGGCUGAAUCUCUGGCCAAUAAGAUGCGAGCAAAGAGCCGUGAAAUUGGGACAAAGGCACCAGAAGGACAGGGCGAGUAG